AGCCAUUUCUGACCCAGCAGCCAGGAAAAUGUGAAACAAUUUGCUUCUGCUAGAAACAGGACAGCUGGGGCUUUGUUCCUGCAAGAGCAGACCAACCGACGCGGCAGGACCCAGGCAAGCACGAACAAGCCGAGAUGGAUGAUAAUAUGGAUACAAAACCUAUUCUAGAAGAACUUCUUCUCAAAAGGUCACAGCAAAAGAAGAAAAUGUCACCAAAUAAUUACAAAGAACGACUUUUUGUUUUGACCAAGACAAAUCUUUCCUAUUAUGAAUAUGACAAAAUGAAAAGGGGCAGCAGAAAAGGAUCAAUUGAAAUUAAGAAAAUCAGAUGCGUGGAGAAAGUAAAUCUAGAGGAGCAGACGCCUGUGGAGAGACAGUAUCCAUUUCAGAUUGUCUAUAAAGAUGGGCUUCUCUAUGUCUAUGCAUCAAACGAAGAGAGCCGAAGUCAGUGGUUGAAAGCAUUACAAAAAGAGAUAAGGGGUAACCCCCACCUGCUGAUCAAGUACCAUAGUGGGUUCUUCGUGGAUGGGAAGUUCCUGUGUUGCCAGCAGAGUUGUAAAGCAGCCCCAGGAUGUACCCUCUGGGAAGCAUAUGCUGAUCUACAUAUUGCAGUCAAUGAAGAGAAACACAGAGUUCCUACCUUCCCAGACAGAGUGCUGAAGAUACCUCGGGCAGUUCCUAUUCUCAAAAUGGAUGCACCAUCUUCAAGUACGACUCUAGCCCAAUAUGACAACCACUCAAAGAAAAACUAUGGUUCCCAGCCACCGUCUUCAAGUACCACUUUAGCCCAAUAUGACAGCGACUCAAAGAAAAUCUACAGCUGCCAGCCGAACGUCCACAUGCAGUAUAUUCCAAGAGAAGACUGCCCUGACUGGUGGCAAGUAAGAAAACUGAAAAGUAGCAGCAGCAGUGAAGAUAUUGCAUCCAGUAACCAAAAAGAAAGAAAUGUAAAUCAGAGCACCUCAAAGAUUUCAUGGGGAUUCCCUGAGUCAAGUUCAUCUGAAGAAGAGGAAAACCUGGAUGAUUAUGACUGGUUUGCUGGUAACAUCUCCAGAUCACAAUCUGAACAGUUACUCAGACAAAAGGGAAAAGAGGGAGCAUUUAUGGUUAGAAAUUCCAGCCAAGCAGGAAUGUACACAGUGUCCUUAUUUAGUAAGGCUGUGGAUGAUAAAAAAGGAACUGUCAAACAUUACCAUGUGCAUACAAAUGCUGAGAACAAAUUAUACCUGGCAGAAAACUACUGUUUUGAUUCCAUUCCAAAGCUUAUUCAUUAUCAUCAACACAAUUCAGCAGGCAUGAUCACACGGCUCCGUCACCCUGUGUCAACAAAGGCCAACAAGGUCCCUGACUCUGUGUCCCUGGGAAAUGGAAUCUGGGAACUGAAAAGAGAAGAGAUUACCUUGUUGAAUGAGCUGGGAAGUGGCCAGUUUGGAGUGGUCCAGCUGGGCAAGUGGAAGGGGCAGUAUGAUGUUGCUGUUAAGAUGAUCAAGGAGGGUUCCAUGUCGGAAGAUGAAUUCUUUCAGGAGGCCCAGACUAUGAUGAAACUCAACCAUCCCAAGCUGGUUAAAUUCUAUGGAGUGUGUUCAAAGGAAUACCCCAUAUACAUAGUAACUGAAUAUAUAACCAAUGGCUGCUUGCUGAAUUACCUGAAGAGUUACGGAAAAGGACUUGAACCUUCCCAGCUGUUAGAAAUGUGCUAUGAUGUUUGUGAAGGCAUGGCAUUCUUGGAGAGCCACCAAUUCAUACACAGGGACUUGGCUGCUCGUAACUGCUUGGUGGACAGUGAUCUCUCUGUGAAAGUAUCUGACUUUGGAAUGACAAGGUACGUUCUUGAUGACCAGUAUGUCAGUUCAGUCGGAACAAAAUUUCCAGUCAAAUGGUCAGCUCCAGAGGUGUUUCAUUACUUCAAAUACAGCAGCAAGUCAGACGUAUGGGCAUUCGGGAUCCUGAUGUGGGAGGUGUUCAGCCUGGGGAAGCAGCCCUAUGACUUAUAUGACAACUCCCAGGUGGUUCUGAAGGUCUCCCAGGGUCACAGGCUCUACCGGCCCCACCUGGCAUCGGACACCGUCUACCAGAUCAUGUACAGAUGCUGGCACGAGCUUCCAGAAAAGCGUCCCACAUUUCAGCAACUCCUGUCUUCCAUUGAACCACUUCGGGAAAAAGACAAGCCUUGAAGAAGAUAUUAGGAGUGCUGAUAAGAAUGAAUAUAGAUGUUGGCCACCAUUUUCAUUCAUUUUAAGGGAAGUAGCAAAGCAUAGUGUAAUUUAGCUAGUUUUUAAUAGUGUUCUCUCUAUUUUCUAUUAUUUAGAAAUAAACGAGGCAGGAAACAAAAGAUUUCCUUGAAAUUUAGAUCAAAUUAGUAAUUUUGUUGAUGCUGCUCCUGAUAUAACGCUUUCCAGCCUAUAGCAGAAGCACAUUUUCAGAUUGCAAUAUAGAGACUGUGUUCAUGUGUAAAAACUGAGCAGAAUUGAAAAAUUACUUAUUGGACAGUCAUUCUUUUCUUUAUAUUGUCACUGUCACAAGAAUUAAAUAUACUUCCAAAUACAGAAAUGUGGA